CAGCAGGACAGCUGACACAGAGACAACACUCAAGAAACCUUCUGAGCAACAGGAUUUGAAAAAGCUUCAAACUUUCUCCGAACAAAGAUGGAAUCCAAGAUGACCUGUGACAUGAGCGGGAUGUGGGGCAAGGGGAUGCCGGAGGGACUGGACCUGGAAAUCUCCCAUCACCCUCUCACCAUGAAGAGCGUUGUUAACCUCAUUAUCGCCUCGGAGCGGCUGAAGGCCGGCAAGACGGAGAGCAUCAUCAGCACCGACUUCAGCGACGAGAACCUGCUCAGCAUCAUGCUGGAGAGCAUCGUGGAAGAGGAAAUAGUCUUUGAAAGGACCUCGGCUCCGUCUGCUCAGCUGAUAAGUGAGCACCAGUGCAGCGUGACCGACGGCCAGAAGAGGAGCUUGGUUCUGGUGAAAAACAGCAUGGAGCUGCACGCCGUGAUGCUGCAGGGAGGCAGCGACAGCCGCAAAGUUACCCUGAACAUGUCGACCUACGCACACCCCACUCCCAGUGCCGAGGCCCGGCUCGUCGCCCUGGGGAUCAAAGACACUAACUUCUACCUGUCUUGCCACAUGGAUGGAGACAAACCCGCUCUGCAUCUGGAGGCCGUGACGGACAAAGGCAGCCUCUCCAGGAUUGGCAAGGGAAGUGAGCACGAGCGAUUCCUCUUCUACAAGCAGGACACGGGGCUGAACAUCAGCACCCUGGUGUCGGCCCACUUCCCCAGCUGGUACAUCAGCACCGCCACCCAGGAAAACAAGCCGGUGGAGAUGUGCCAGGAGGCCGCCAGCCGCUACAGGACCUUCUGCUUCCAGCGCCAGAACUAGAACCGGCAACCACUGGAUCUAAAAAGAGGAAAAGAAAAAAACCCACUUCAUAUUUAAGCAAAUCCACUAACAAUGUCUCUUAAAAAGACGUGUGCGUGUGUCACAGAGUGUUUACCGUAUGUACCAAGUACAGAAAGUAGAAUGCUUAAUGUAUUGACAUGGUAAAAAUUUCGCCACAAGGUGGCAGUAGUUUGCUGUCUAGUGAGCAUGUUGUGUAUUUAUUGUGCUGAAUGACUUGAGAUUAUUGCUCUUGAGUGUCUUAUUUAUUUAUCUCUAUAUAUUUAUGCAAAAGUUAAUAUAUAUAUAUUUAUUUGGAAAUCUGCUUGUUAAUUAAGUUAUAUUGAAAUAUUGUGCCACAA